AUAAGGAUAUGGACCAUUCCAUGGCUUCACAACGUAGACUAUACAGAAAAAAUUAUUUGGAUACUAGAAAGUGUAAGGAUUUGUGCUUUCCUGAACUUCGUCAACCAGAAGUUAUAACAAAUGAAUUUGCAGGCGUAUCAAAAGAUUACCUUGAUCACGGUGAUCAGAUUGUUAUAUGUAAGAUAUGUCAAGCAAUAUUAUGGAAAGAUGAGGCUGCUAGAGGGAAAUCAAAAGAUCGUGUUAACACAAGUUAUUCAGUAUGUUGUGGAAAUGGUAAAGUAGAGCUUCCUCCAUUUAAGGAACCCCCACAACAAUAUAAGAAUCUUUAUAACGGGUUGGAUUCUAAAAGCAAGUAUUUUUUGAAGAACAUUAGACGCUAUAACUCGAUGUUUUCAUUUACGUCCAUGGGUGGAAAGGUUGAUCAUUCUGUUAAUAAAGGAAAAGGUCCUUUUGUAUUUAGACUUGGUGGUCAAAAUUGCCAUUAUAUUGGAAGUCUUUUACCUGAAGAUGGAUCUAAACCAAAGUUCUGUCAGUUAUAUAUAUAUGAUACUGAUAACGAACUUUCUAACAGACAAGCGGUUCUUGGUGAUACUAACAAAGCUUCUUCAUCAACCACCGAUCAAGUAGACCUUCAAAUUAUUGAAUAUCUAAAGAAAAUGUUAGAUUCGGAGAAUGUUUUGGUGAAAAAUUACCGUAUGGUAAGAGAUUCUUUCAAAGAAAAUCCUCAUUUGAAUUUAAGGUUACGUCUCAAUGGAAAGAGAGAAAAAGAUGGGAGGACAUACAAUUUACCAACCGCUUCAGAAGUAGCUGCUUUAAUUGUUGGUGAUAUUGGUCAUUCAAUUGAAAACCGAGAUAUUGUUGUAGAAACCAAAGAAGGUAAUCUAAAACAUAUUAGUGAGCUACAUCCUUCUUAUCUUGCUCUUCAAUAUCCUUUGUUGUUUCCUUAUGGUGAAGAUUGUUAUAGAGUUGACAUCCUUCAUAAGGGUCUUAUUGCUUCCACAACAAAUAAACGAAAAACUUGUAGCAUGCGCGAGUUCUUUGCUUACAGGAUCCAAGAUAGGGUUGGUGUUUUCUCACUAAUCCAUAAUUCUAGACGGCUUUUUCAACAAUUCUUAGUGGAUGCGUACACCAUGAUUGAAGCUGAAAGACUAAAUUACAUACGUUUUCAACAAAAGUCUCUAAGAUCUGAAACUUAUGAGAAUUUAAAAAAAUUGCGUAACCGUGGUAAUACAGACCUAUCUAAGACAGGAAAAAAGUGUAUCUUACCUUCUUCAUUUACUGGUGGUUCCCGUUACAUGAUGCAAAAUUAUUUGGAUGCUAUGUCUAUUUGUAAGUGGUUUGGAUAUCCAGAUAUUUUUAUAACAAUCACAUGUAAUCCUAAGUGGCCUGAGGUGAAGAGGUUUCUUAAAGACAAAACCAUCAAUCCUGAAGAUAGACCUGAUAUCCUUUGCCGAUUGUUUAAAGUAAAAUUAGAUUCGUUGAUUAAAGACUUAAAGGACAAGUCACUACUUGGCAAAGUUUCAGCAGUUGUUUAUACGGUGGAGUUUCAGAAGCGUGGAUUGCCACAUGCGCAUAUAUGUUUGUUUAUGGAUCCUGCUCACAAGUUUCCAACAGUUGAACACAUUGAUCCACUAAUUUCUGCUGAAAUUCCAGACAAAAAUGAAGACAUGGAAUUGUACACACUUGUCGGUGAUUAUAUGAUACAUGGACCAUGUGGCAGCCAUAACAUCAACUGUCCAUGCAUGGUUAAUAAAAGGUGUUCAAAAAAAUUUCCAAAACAAUUCCGUGAUCACACGUCUAUUGAUGGAAGUGGAUUUCCUAUAUACAGAAGACGAGAUAAUGGAGCUUUUGUCGAAAAGUCUGGUGUCAAGCUAGAUAAUAGAAGCGUUGUGCCGUACAACAAAACCCUAUUGAAAAAAUAUCAGGCCCAUAUUAAUGUUGAGUGGUGUAAUCAGGUCGGAUCUAUUAAAUAUCUAUUCAAAUAUAUCAACAAAGGUCCUGAUAAGGUUACAGUUGCUUUUGAUGAUGGUAAUGGAGAAGAUGACGAUGAUCCACCGGUUGAUGAAAUUAAAAAAUAUUAUGAUUGUAGAUAUGUGUCUGCGUGUGAGGCUUCAUGGCGUAUAUUUCGAUAUGAUAUUCAUUACAGGUACCCAUCUGUUAUUCGACUACCUUUCCAUCUUCCAAACCAACAAAAUGUUGUAUAUGGUGUGGAUGAUUAUCUCGAAAAUGUUCUUAACAAUCCAUCAGUGGCUUCUUCAAUGUUUUUGUCUUGGAUGGAGUGCAACAAACAUAACGAGCUUGCACGAACACUUACAUAUGUUGAAUUUCCGACUGAGUUUGUUUGGAAAUCAAGCGAAAGAUGUUGGCAAGCUAGGCAGACUGCAAAAUCAAUUGGUCGCAUUCAUUCUGUUUGUCCAGCUCUUGGCGAGGCUUAUUUUUUAAGGAUUCUCUUAAAUAAGGUUAAAGGUCCAACAUGCUUUGAUGACAUUCUUACGGUAAAUGGACGUAAAUUUAAGACAUUUAGAGAAGCGUGUUAUGCUAGAGGAUUGUUAGAUGAUGACAAAGAGUAUAUUGAAGCUAUUCAAGAAGCAAGUAUUACAGGUUUGCCAAAUUAUAUACGUUCUUUGUUUGUCAUCAUGUUGAUGUCUAAUACCAUUUCAAGGCCAGAACAUGUAUGGCAAAAAACAUGGCAAAUUUUAGCAGAAGGGAUCCUUUAUAGACAACGUCAAAUUAUAGGCGUUGAAGAUGUACACUUUGAUGAUGAACAGAUAAAAAACUUUACUUUGUGCGAGAUUGAGAAAAUUUUAAAUCGCAAUAAUUCCACCUUAAGAAAUUGGAGUACAAUGCCUUAUCCUGACUUUGACUCUGCCGAUUCUUUGGAUAAUCGAUUAAUUCUUGAGGAGUUGGAUUAUGAUAAGAACAAACAGAAGAAGGAGUUUGAUAGCCUUUUUUCUUCGUUAACUGAUGAGCAAAGGUGCGUUUUCAAUGAUAUAAUUAAAGCGGUUGAAGAAGACAAAGGUGGUGUUUUUUUUGUCUACGGAUACGGAGGAACGGGUAAAACUUUUCUUUGGAAAACAUUAUCUACGUCGCUUCGAUCAAAAGGAAAGAUUGUUUUGAAUGUUGCUUCAAGUGGGAUUGCUUCUUUGUUGCUUACCGGAGGUAGGACAGCACAUUCUCGGUUUCUAAUUCCAAUAAACCUAAAUGAGGAUUCAGUUUGUCAUAUAAAGCCAAAUAGCGACGAAUCUGCUUUAUUAAAGAAAACAUCCUUGAUAAUAUGGGAUGAAGCACCUAUGGUGCACAGGCAUGGUUUUGAAGCUUUUGAUAAGACUUUGAAAGACAUAUUGUCAUCUGAUGAUUCUAGCAAUGGUCAACAACCUUUUGGAGGUAAAACGAUUGUGUUUGGUGGAGAUUUCCGACAAAUUCUUCCGGUAAUUCCAAGUGGUAGUAGACAAGAUAUUGUUAAUGCUUCUCUAAGUUCUUCUUACAUUUGGAAUAGUUGUAAAGUACUUAGGUUAACCAAAAACAUGCGGUUAACUGUUGGAGGUGAGUUACAUGAUGUUGAACAAACAAAGGUCUUUGCACAAUGGUUGUUGGACUUAGGUGAAGGGAACAUAGGUGGCUCCAACGAUGGUGAGGCAAUUAUAGAAAUACCUGAUGAUCUUCUUAUUAUGGAUUCAAAUGAUCCUGUUUCUGAUCUUAUCGACUUCGUUUAUCCUUCAAUUAUUCAAAAUUUCAAUGUUGCAACAUUUUUCCAAGAAAGAGCUAUUCUUGCACCAACUAAUGAAGUUGUAGACGAAAUUAAUGAUCGAUUGCUAUCUUUAAUUCCCGGAGACGGAAAGGAAUACCUGAGUUCCGACAGUAUUUGCGAGUCUGAGAAUCUACAGAAGGGUUUUGAUCAAAGGUUAUAUUCACCGGAUGUACUAAACGGACUUAAAAUUUCAGGUUUGCCACAUCACCGAUUAGUACUAAAAGUGGGAGUUCCUAUCAUGUUAUUACGAAACAUUGAUCAAAGAAAUGGAUUAUGUAACGGGACUCGACUCAAAGUCUUAAUGCUAGGAUCGCGUGUUAUAGAAGCUGAAGUAAUAUCUGGAAGUAAUAUAGGCAAGCGGACUUUCAUUCCUAGAAUUGCUUUAACACCAUCAGACAAGAAGAUUCCAUUUAAGUUUAAAAGAAGACAAUUUCCUAUUGUUGUAUGCUUUGCCAUGACGAUAAAUAAAAGUCAAGGUCAAUCGUUAUCCAAAGUAGGUCUUUUUCUCAGACAACCAGUCUUUUCUCAUGGUCAGCUUUACGUCGCUUUGUCUAGAGUUAAAAGCAGAGAUGGACUCAAACUCGUAAUUGUUGAUAAAGAUGGUCAACUUACGAAUACGACACUGAAUGUUGUAUAUAAAGAAGUUUUUAGAGAUCUGUAAUUUGUAUUUGUGUCUAUAGAUUUCA